AUGGCACCUUUCUGGAAGUCGGCUUGGAUGAAAUCCAAAAUCAGCCUCAGUGACGACCAACGCGAUCAAUUACUCCCGAACAAGUCACAAGAAACCAACCAGCGGCCAGCAGAUGAGACGUCUUCGCAGCCCACUGCCUCCAAAGAGCGUUAUGUCGGAUUUGGUAUUGGAGGCGCUGGCAAUAUCCGCAAGGUGAAAACGCGCGGUACAACCCGGUGA